AUGCGCACUGUAGACCCGGAGCGAUGGCCCGUGAGGGUUGGACGCACCCGGCUCGUGGCGGCGCCGCCCGGCCCGGGCCUGCGCGAAGCCCGGCUGCGCGCCAGCGUGGCCGACGCUGUCGGGGAAUUCUGGCAGCGCGGCCCCAUCAGUGGACACACAUACGUCAAAGAAGCUGCGAAUAAUAAACUAAGGGGGGUGUACAUAUGUCUGUUGCUGUGCGCGGUGGUGUGCGGCGUAGCGGUGAGCGUGGCGGUCGAGCAUGCGCUGGCAGGCCGGGUGCCCACCGCGACCACCCGGCUGGCCGGUGGACGUCAGCUGCGCCGCCUCGACUUCCCCGCGGUCGCCCUCUGCGCCACCAACCUCGUCAGCCGAGCCGCGUUGCGUGACUACGCCCGCAAACUGAGCGAGCUGGACGGCAACCGGACAUACGCGCGCCAAGAGCUGGAACGGCACCUGACGGCAUUCGGUGCGCUCAGCGAGAUGGUGGGCGCGCCCGCGGACCUCGAUGUGCGCUUCGCCAGCUUCCUGGCCACGCUUGGCCAUCGCAACGUUUCCGACAUCGCCUACAGGCUGGCGCCGCGCUGCUCGGAGCUGCUGGUGCGGUGCACAUGGCGGGCAAGAGCCAUGCCGUGCGAGCGGCUGUUCGCGGCCCGCGCCACUCCGCACGGCUACUGCUGCACCUUCAACGCCCGUUACCAGUGAG